AAACAUCCGGGUUUCUCCUUUUUGCGUUCCGGUUGAACCCACCUCUCUUUCUCGCCCCUGGACAUCUCCCUCCUUCAGGCCCGCGUCUCUCCCACUCGUCCGCGCGCUGGACUAGCGCGGGCUUCAGUGACGGGAGCCCUCGAGGGACAUGGCAACUACAGCGGCGCCGGCCGGCGGCGCCCGAAGCGGGGCUGGUCCGGAAUGGGGAGGGUUCGAAGAAAACAUCCAGGGUGGAGGCUCAGCUGUGAUUGACAUGGAGAACAUGGAUGAUACCUCAGGCUCCAGCUUCGAGGACAUGGGUGAGUUGCAUCAGCGCCUGCGCGAGGAAGAAGUAGAUGCCGAUGCAGCUGCAGCGGAAGAGGAGGAUGGGGAGUUCCUGGGCAUGAAGGGCUUCAAGGGACAGCUGAGCCGGCAGGUGGCUGAUCAGAUGUGGCAGGCAGGGAAGAGACAAGCCUCCAGGGCCUUCAGCUUGUACGCCAACAUCGACAUCCUGAGACCCUACUUUGAUGUGGAGCCUGCCCAGGUGCGAAGCAGGCUCCUGGAGUCCAUGAUCCCUAUCAAGAUGGUCAACUUCCCCCAGAAAAUCGCAGGUGAACUCUAUGGACCUCUCAUGCUGGUCUUCACGCUGGUUGCCAUCCUCCUCCAUGGGAUGAAGACAUCUGACACCAUUAUUCGGGAGGGCACCCUGAUGGGUACAGCCAUUGGCACCUGCUUCGGCUACUGGCUGGGUGUCUCGUCUUUCAUUUACUUCCUCGCCUACCUGUGCAACGCCCAGAUCACCAUGCUCCAGAUGCUGGCAUUGCUGGGCUAUGGCCUCUUUGGGCACUGCAUUGUCCUGUUCAUCACCUAUAACAUCCACCUCCAUGCCCUCUUCUACCUCUUCUGGUUGCUGGUGGGUGGACUGUCUACUCUACGCAUGGGAUCCUGGACACGCUGGAGGGCCCCAACAUCCCGCCUAUGCAGAGGGUCCCCAGAGACAUCCCUGCCGCGCUCCCUGCUGCUAGGCUUCCUGCCACCGUGCUCAAUGCCACAGCCAAGGCUGUUAUGGUGACCCUGCAGUCACACUGACCCCACCUGAAACCCUUGGCCGGCCCCCUCUCCCCCCAUCUUCGGAGCAGAGGAAGAUUAAAGAACAGUAUUGAUGACAUGUGUCUUUUUGAUGGGGUCUGCAGCUGCCUCAGAGCUGUAGCCACUUAAGCAACUCCCUGAUGCCUCUUGGGGCUUCUGAAGGGCACAAGGCCAGGAACCCCUGGCCAGGACUGCAGGGCUCUGCAGCCAGUGCAGAAAGUGGGUCAGCUCCUCUGAGGCCCUCUCUCCACCUACUCCUUCCUUCCUCUUUAACUCUCCCACGGUGUCUUGCUAAAUAUAGACUUGGUAAUUAAAAUAUUGAUUGAAGUUUGGAACUGCAGCUGCCAUUCCGGUGGUCCUCCCUGCCACCCUGCUUCCUAUACACUUUGCUAUUUUUCUGUCACUGGUGGUAAUGGCACGUGUUCUCUCUUUUAUACCCUCAUCCAGGCAGGAUGAUGGUGGGACAGCCCAGACUACAUUGAAAGCAGUGACUGAACCUGGAACCUGCCCCUGAGGGCAGGGGACACCUGACCCAUGGAGCAGCAGGGAGGCCUCAGACACAGGAACCAUUAAGUCUGAUG